AUGCCUUCUUUCACAGUCAGCUUAGCAGAAGCCAUAAUCUCAUACAAGCAAUCUACAUACAACUUGCCGCAUCGCCAAAAUAUUGUGAAAUCCGGCAACAACAGUGAAAUCGAAACAGAGUCGCAUACCGAGUCGUGCAAUAUGAUCGCCUUGCAGCACCAAGGUGUUAGCAACUUGGAACCCAGCUACGGCGCAUACUCCGACAGCCCAAUCGAAUCCACCAAAAUAUUGCACCAGGGCAAAGACAAUAUGCCAGCCAAAACGCUCACAAAUUACAAGGACAGCGCACUCACACGGCAGUCCCUACUCCAACUGCAUAGCAAAGUGGUUCCAGAUCACGGUGAGAGUAUCGUGAAUUGUCUCGAAGAAUUCGUUACAGACAGGUCUGCGCAGUUGGAUAAUCAGGACGAAAAUCUCAUCCGCGACCUGGGCGUCCAUUUUGAGGCGUUGAAGAGCGAGUUCGAGGAGACGACAGGGAGAGCUUGGACGCCGCUGCGUGCGUGGGAGAAGGAGGAUGGGGAGUGGGAUUUGGUGGGCGAGGAGUAG